UCGGUCGGCUGGGAAACUUGCUCGCAAACUAGAGACCUGGGCUACAGGCGCGGAUUGAGGCUGAGGAAAAAAUGGUUUAGAAUAAACAACAGGGAAACCUAUGGACUGGGCAUGAUAUCCUGCGGAGUUUGGUGUUUUGCAAUAUUAGACGGGAGAUACUAGAAGGGUCCAUGAAGGACCCAAAGAUACCCAUAGAACUACUUCCUGUCGAGACAAAAUACCUGAAAUAGGACUACCUAUUUACAGAUUAGAUUUUACCAAGUGCCAUUUCCGAAUAAAUAGCUGAGGUGUACUCCGGGAUAUCUCCUCUCCGAUGAGCACCAGAAUGGAACCCUGUAUGUAAUUCUAACACCAAAGGUGGUCUUUGCAACCGACAUCAAUCAUUGAGGGGAUAUGCGCAAUCGGCAAUUCGACACGAACCUCCAACCGUUUCCCCUCCGAAUUCGAAGUAGAAGGAAUCAUGUCGCGUGCCAACCCGAAUUCGACGCGUACUCUCACGCUGCCAGAGGAGCUGGAGAAGCUCGAGCAAUCUAUUACCCUCACUCUCCAAGAGAUUGAUCGGAACUUCAGCCGUGCACACCGUAUUGUCACCACGAGCAUUCUACCGGUCGUCGAGCAAUAUGCGAAGCAUUCGGAGGCGGUCUGGGAAGGAUCCAAGUUUUGGAAGCAAUUUUUCGAAGCCAGCGCCAACGUCUCCUUGUCUGGAUACGAAGACCCCCAUAACGAAGAUCAUACCGGGCUGGAAGAGGACGCGGCUCUCUCCGAGGGGGACCCCAGCUAUGCCACCUCUCAACCGACCCGGCUGGACGACGAUACGGAGAACGACACAAUCCAAGCUUCGAUGCGACGCGCCGAAAGCGAGGGAGCAGACACGGACGAAGAUGACUCGACGCUCCUACUCAGCUCUCCUUCGAUCGGUAAUGCACAGAGUACACCCCGACCCAGGCAUCGAGCGGCGGGCAAGGAGAACACGACCAUGAGAGACGUACCUUCUCCAUUCCGGAAGUCCGCCGCGAAACAGAAGACGAGCGAUCUCCCAUCGACGCCAGGACGUGACGUCGAUAUAACCGCCAGUUCAUCUCCGUUCCCCAUGUCCGCCCUGCAGAGCCGAGUGCUCUUCUCCGCCCGCAAGGGCACCGCACAUCAGGAUCCCCUUCUGCAUCGCAUGCUGGACAAAACCUACCGCAUCGCCGCGACCCCGCACACAGCGCGCCGCGAACCCAAACCUAGCGCCGUCGUCACCCCGGGGUUGACGACGAAGACGACCCUCCCACAUUGGCUGAACGACUCGCCGGACUCGUCCCCCGCCAUCGCGGCCCCGCAGCUACGCGCCGAGAUCUUCGGUUCGCCAUUCAAGUCCAACGCGCAGCGGACCCCGAAACCGACUGUCCGCACCCCCGGCGUGAGCGUCAUGACUCCGGGGACCACGCGGAGGCUGUCCGGGAGAGACGAGGGGACCUCCAUGAGGAUGGAUCCGGCGGAGAGGACGGCUACGUCGCGUUUUACGGGGACGGCGAAGGCGUGGGAUAGCGACAGCGACGAGGAUGAGGAUGGGUUGGGUAUUAGUCCGCCAAAGACGAUGCAGUUCCAUGUGCCGCAGAGUCGUCUGCUACAAACACCUGCACGGGAAGCCAGCAAGCGGAUCGUGGAGGAUUUAUUGUUUACAGCGGGAGGAGACAUUACCGACGAGAUCGAAGAUGACAGUCCGAGCGUGGUGCGAAGAAACCACGAACUCGACGACAGCUUUUGAGGGUUGAACUCGGGGUAGGGUUCGGAACAUUGGAGGACGCCUACAGCAUGAGACGUUGUUCGGAUGUGCGCUCUUGUCAGGCAAUAAAGAUCCUUGCACUAUAUAUAAACAGAAUCCUGC